AUGAGCACGGUGCGAAGUACACAAUUGCCCCCACCCUUUUCAAAUUUCAAAACCCUAGAAACACCACACUACACCGAUUCUCGCAUAGACCAGUAGGAUCCACGGAUGGCUCUGAAAGAUCCUCAAUUCCGGAGCUCCGGGGACCCAAUGGAAGGAUCCGACGCGGAAGAACUAGAGGAGUUGGAGGCUGAUGUGAAGGAAAUGGCUCAGAAGGUCCGCCAUUACCGUACAACUCUCCCAGAUCAGCUCAAGGCCACAUUCACUUCGAUUUUAUCUUCUCAGCGACCUCCGUUUCUCGAAUUCGUGUCCGGAUCCGAACCCGAAGCCUCCGGAGAACCUAACCCAGUUUCCGGUGGGUGCAUUUGUGGAGCCUGCAGGGGUAGAGGAAAUGGGGACAAUAGUGGAUGUGGUGGUGAUGGACAGAGCAGGGUUUUGCUAGCUCAAGGAGAUCAUGAGACUUCAGAGAAAAUACAGUUGCUCAAACAAAAUAUUUCGAGUAACGUCUCUACCAUUCUAGUCCUCUUGAAAAGAUUGAAUGAAUGUAUGUCAAUGGUUGACAAACUUGAUUCGUACAAUGGAAUUAUGCAUCCUGCCUUCAAAAGGAGAAGGACUAGCUGACCUAGUUUAGUUUCACAUUUGCAUUAAUUUUGUUAUUUGGUUCACUCGAAGAAGACCCCCAUAGUGUAUUGCAUGAUUGACUACUUCAAUUUGUACCAUGAAUCUAGGUCUCCAACGAAAUUUUGAACCAAAAUUAUGUCUCCUGUCCUAGAACUGGAAGCCUUUGUUGUGGCAUAAUAUUGUGUAACGUAACGUGAAAAUGUGUUGAUAUUUUUUAGAAGUAUUUGUUGAUGCAUUGAAUAUAAUGAGUAGAGAAAGAUGGUCUAUUGCUUGUGUGUUC